CUCCUCCCGCCAUCGCCUAGAUAGCAAAAUUAUGCGGAAGAGCGAGCUGAGUGGACUGUAGCUUCCACUGUCUUGCUAUUUCAACCCCCUCCCUCCCCGCUGGUUACACCUCCUACCCACAAAAGUGUAUCGUGUUGUUUUGUAUUAAAAGCUGCCCGUUCUCAAACCGGCACCAGCAUGUUAGAGGGUCCAGUCUCCGAGGAGAAUCUCCAUCUCGAGGAAGACGAGCACGAUGUAAGGACUGAGGAGUCAGGAGAAACAAAAUUACGGCAGGCUGAUACUUACUGGUCUUGGAUCGUGUGUCUCGCUGGGAUCAUUUGUAACAUUAUUGUGCUUGGUUCGUCGUACUCAUACGGUAUUCUGUUUUCAUCACUUCUUGAUGAGUUCAAAAAGGGGAAAUCCGUUACUGCAUGGGUGGGUUCAUCAGCAAUCGCCGCUAGUGGUCUCUUUGGUCCUGUGGCAGGAAGGCUAAUAGACCGCUUCAAUGCACGGGCAGUGGUCAUAUCUGGUGCGCUUCUAUGUGUAGGAGGCCUUUUCCUGACGUCACUGGUCCCUGAUCUAUAUCUAUUGUUUUUGACGUAUGGAGGGAUGUACGGAUUUGGUUCGUGUCUAGUUUACAUCUCAUGUUAUGUCAUCGUACCAAAGUAUUUCGUUAAACGCCGUUCCUUGGCCAUUGGACUGGUUACCGUGAGCACAGGAGCAACGUUGCUAGUCAUGGGUCCCGUAACUCAAGCACUAAAAGAUGCAUUUGGUUGGAGAGGAGCUUUCAGAGGACUCGGUUGCACGGUGAUCGUCGUUUUCUUCCUCCGCUGGGUCUUAGAUCCUAGAGUUGCCAUUGAUGAAUCUGAAAAGGCGGCUGCAAGGAGUAGCCCCCAGACUCCUAAGAGCAAGAUUCUGGAUUUUUCUAUGUGGAGAAACGCCACAUUUGUAGUCUUCACUGUUUCAACAUCCGUUACCUACAUUGGUCAACACAUACCUACAAUUCAUCUAGGAAAGUUUUGUGAGAGCCUUGGAAUCUCCGAAGACUCGGUCAGCUGGCUAUACUCGAGUAUUGGAGCUGCUUCUCUUCUAGCCAGAAUACCUGGUUCAAAGCUCUGUGACAUGUUUGGUCCUCAGAGAGUGUUCCAAGUAUCAGCAAUAAUGGGUGGAAUUGGUGCCAUGUUGUUUCCCCUGGCGACCAACUUGGUGUGGCUUUUCUGUUUAUCCAUUCUUCAUGGUCUCGGAGAUGGCCUUCUGGCCAUUGGGAUGAUUCUUGGUGCUUUGAAUAUCCUGACGAUCCAACAAAAAGCUCAGGGAUACGGAUUUUUCCAGCUGUGCAUAAGUAUUGCCCUUUUAUGUGGCCCAGCAAUUGGAGGUUUGAUAGCCGACAAGACCAACGACUAUCACGCCACGUUCUUUUUCGCGGGUGGAAUCAAGAUUUUAGGAGUAUUAAUUCUAAUCGUAUACAAUUGCCUCAGAAGGAAAGAACUCUCACAGGAGAAAACCCAAGCUUCCUCAGAGAAAUCUAUAUUUAUGGAACUUCUUGUUGUAGAAAAGAUAACUGUUUUGUAAAGUUGUAUAAAAAUGAAUUUUUGCGUUUUAAAACAAAUAGACAUAAUUAGCACAAAUGUUCAGUUCUGAUAAUCGGUAAUGAAUAUCAGUUCAAGGUUUUAAUUGGAUAUUCUCCAUCCAUUGAGCUGUUUUACUCACAGACAAAAUCACAAGUAGCUGAAGAAUUCUUUGUGUAUUUCCUGAAACUCUGAGUUUUGUCUUAAACUACCUGUAUACUUGUUUAUUCGGCCUCGUCAAAUUCUCUUCCUCGCUGCUCUCGCAUAAUAAAUUAAAAGCA